AAUUUAAAUAGUUGGCUGAAAAGGGGCUACAAGCUAAACUUUUCAAGAAAAAUAUAAGCCCAACGAGUUAAUCAGACAGGGGCCUAUCCAUCGGUAUCGUUGCCGGAUCAAAAGAACCGAUUAAACUCCGACGGGAACAAAACCAAUCUCUGUGAAAUUCCGACGAUUCUCCGCCAUGGCGAUCGACGCAAUCCCUCCACUCAUCGCUGCACAGCUGAAUUACCUAGUCACUAACACUCCGUUCUCUGUUAAGAUAGAGAAUAUGUGGUCAGGAGGCAAAAACAUUGGUCUGCUUGAUCGAUUCUCCUUAGUAAUCCCCUUUUGCCUGGAUUACAUCAAAUGGGACGUGAUAUACAAUGGUGUGUAUCCGUUAGCACCACCAGAUGUUAUAUUUGGGGCGGAAGAUGAAACUUUUCGACCCUAUCAUGGUCGUAGUGAUGCUAGUGACUCAAAGUCAUUGAAGAAUCCUCUUACUGAAUGGAAUAAUAGAGACCCGACUCGUCUUUUUUCUCUGGUUCUGCAGCUCAGGGAGUUGUACAAGGCAUACCAAAAGAAAAGAGUUGAAGAAGUUGAUGAUGAAAGGUUGAAGUUUGAAAUCAGCACAAUGCUCUCGAGAGAGGGUAUUGAAAUGUCUUUGAGUUCAAAUAUUGAUAAGCCAGAAGAGGUUAAAUUCGCUGUCCCGCUGCUGGAUUUGGAUUUAAACAAAAUGGUUGCGGGAUCCAUUUGGCGCCAUCCGCAGAAGAUAUACCUACAGGUUAUAUAUCCAGUUGGCAGGAAAUACUCCAGUUCUCCUUCUGCCCCACGUUUGAAAUUGGUUUCUUCUCCUGAAUUGAAGACUGUCUUCUCAAUUGAUGAUUUCAGGCUUCCUGCAUGGUUGGAUGGAAUGUGCAUGGCUGAGUACCUUCCGACUUUAGAAGAGAUACUUGAAUCACAGAUUAAAGAUGCAGUUGCAUCCAUUGAAAGUAGAAGGAAGCUCAUUGUGGCAUUAGUUCCUCUUUUUGGAAGGCCAGUGGAAGCAGAUCCAGUUUUCUGCAGGAAGGCGACCUUUCUAUCUUCCUCGGGGGUAUUUACUUUUCUGGUUCAUGUUGCCAUCCCACUUCAGUUCCCUAAGCAGCAGCCAAGUUUGAUGCUUCAGAGUUCCCAGCACUUCAAUUCUCAAGGUCUUCCCAUCAAGUCUCCGGUCACUACUGAAUGCCCGUGGAGUCCCAGAUGGGAAACAUCAGAUAUGGCUGAGCGUAUCUUUGAUUUCAUUGUAGAAGAAUGCUUGAAUUUCAAGAAAUAUUGCAACGAAUCCAUGCUUCAGAACCGAUGAAAGCAGCCAUUACAAGAGUUCGUUUGUUCUAUAUUUUGUUGAUGUCCUGUAUUCAAGUCUUCAGGUGUUGAUCUUUGUGUUGUAAUGUCUCCAGAUGUGCAGAAGAAAGACCCCCCAAAAAACCUAACAGCUUUCUAAUUUCGUAUGUUUUUCUAAUUUCUAUUUUGAUAACAUUUUCUGUGAUUCUCGUCUGUUGUGUUAAUGAAUAGGCUUUGUGAUAAUAGGAAAUGAUAAAA